UUCCUUACGUUACGUCUUUCUUCAAUCUGCAAAAACGACGCGUUUCGUUUCUGUCUCUGGUUUCAUAUGAACCAAGGAGAAAGCUCGAAGUCGUGAAGCUUCUUCUUCUUCUUCGUCUUACUCCACCGAUCACGACGCCGAUUCAUGGCUCUGCAGGUACUCGGCUGCACGAGCCGCCCCAUCCGCGUUUCCCUCCACCGACGGUGUUCUGUUAUUGCUACCAGUGACAUCAAAAGGAAGAAUCUCCGAUUCGUAGCAAAACCGAAAUUAUCGUUCUCUCUUCAGUUCUCAAAUAGAAACUAUCGGUUGCCUCCGAUUAAUUGCUCGACGGUGAAUGGAGCAGCGGUGGGAAGCGCGGAUUAUUAUGAAGGAGAAGGAGACUCUGUCUCACUUUCCGAUAGGAUUCGGCAAUGUAUUGGUUUUCUCCGGACGAUAUUACCAGGCGGAAGGUGGUGGAGGUUCUCGGAUGAGGUUGACAGUAGGUUUACGGCGAAGCCGGUGACUGUUUGGCGUGCGUUAAGUCGGAUGUGGGAACUUGUGGCUGAGGAUCGGUGGGUUAUCUUCGCCGCGUUUUCGACUCUUAUCGUAGCGGCGCUUUCAGAGAUAUCAAUUCCACAUUUCUUAACAGCUUCGAUUUUCUCGGCACAAAGUGGUGAUAUCACUGUGUUUCGUCGAAAUGUGAAGCUCUUGGUUGUGCUAUGUGUUACCUCAGGCAUUUGCAGGUCAACAUCUUUGGCAUACGAGGAUGCUUCUUUGGGAUUGCAAACAUGAUACUUGUGAAACGAAUGAGGGAAACGCUAUACUCCACGCUUCUCCUCCAGGAUAUAUCGUUUUUCGACUCUCAAACUGUUGGUGACUUAACAAGCAGACUCGGAUCGGAUUGUCAGCAAGUCUCGAGGGUCAUCGGAAAUGAUCUGAACAUGAUAUUUCGCAAUGUUCUUCAGGGUACAGGGGCAUUGAUUUAUUUGCUGAUCCUGUCAAGGCCCCUUGGGCUGUGCACAUUGGCGAUUUGCUGUACUUUGGCAGCGGUUAUGUUCGUUUAUGGGACGUACCAAAAGAAGACAGCGAAGCUAAUUCAGGAGAUCACAGCUUCUGCAAAUGAAGUCGCUCAAGAGACAUACUCUUUGAUGAGAACUGUUCGUGUAUAUGGGACAGAAAAGCAAGAGCUUAAAAGGUACAAUCACUGGCUUCAGAAAAUGGCGGAUGUAAGUUUGAGACAGAGUGCUGCAUAUGGUAUUUGGAAUUGGAGCUUCAACACUCUUUACCAUGCAACUCAGAUUAUUGCUGUCUUGAUUGGAGGAAUGUCUAUCUUAGCCGGUCAAAUAACAGCCGAGCAGCUGACAAAGUUUCUGUUGUAUAGUGAGUGGUUAAUCUAUGCUACAUGGUGGGUGGGAGAUAAUUUAUCAUCUUUGAUGCAAUCAGUUGGAGCGAGUGAAAAGGUCUUUCAAAUGAUGGAUCUCAAGCCAAGUGAUCAAUUCAUAUCAAAAGGAACGAGACUGCAGAGACUGACAGGACAUAUCCAGUUCGUAGAUGUUUCGUUCAGCUACCCUUCAAGAGAGGAGGUGGCAGUUCUUCAAAACGUGAGCAUUUCCGUGCGUCCUGGUGAAGUGGUGGCAAUCGUUGGUCUAAGUGGCAGUGGCAAAAGCACAGUGGUUAGUCUUUUGCUGCAACUGUACGAACCAAAAAGCGGCCAGAUUCUACUCGAUGGGGUUCCUUUGCAAGAGUUAGAUGUCAAGUGGCUGAGGCAAAGAAUCGGAUACGUGGGGCAGGAACCAAAGCUCUUCCGCACAGACAUCGGCUCGAAUAUAAAGUAUGGAUGUGAUCGAAACAUAACGCAAGAAGAUAUUAUAUGGGCCGCAAAGCAAGCAUACGCACAUGAAUUCAUCACAGAACUUCCCGAUGGUUACAACACAAUAGUCGAUGAUGAUUUACUUAGUGGAGGGCAGAAACAGCGUAUUGCCAUUGCUCGUGCCAUCCUCAGAGAUCCUAGAAUUCUCAUCCUCGAUGAAGCCACAAGUGCACUUGAUGCAGAGAGCGAACACAACGUUAAGGGCGUACUUCGUUCUAUCGGAAGCGACACAGUGACAAAGAGAAGCGUUAUAGUGAUAGCACACAGACUUUCUACAAUUAAAGCUGCGGAUAGAAUAGUGGCUAUGGACAGUGGACGAGUCGUCGAGAUGGGAAAUCACAAAGAGCUAAUGAGCAAAGAUGGCUUGUACGCGAGAUUGACGAAGAGACAAGCCGAUGCUGUUGUAUGAUUGAUCCUCUAAGCUCUACACAUGCGAAACAGUUCAGGAAUAGUCAUGAUUAUGUUUUUGAUUGGUCAUGAUGACGAAAUAUAAUGAUGAAAAUUGUGUAAAAAGAUAAUAGGGUCUUAAUCAAAUUCGAUCUCAAACGCGAAGAGUCAAAGACUUCACAGAGCUUGCUUCAUCUCUCUCGCACCGGAGAGAAGGCUAAUGGACGCGCAUCAGCCACCGCCUCCGUACAUGAGACCGCCGUCUGGACCACCGCCUCCGGCUGAUCCUUAUCACCAAUACUAUCAGUAUCAGGCGAGACCACCGGUGCCUCCUCCUGCGCAACCCGGUGGUGGUCAUGCAUGGUACUCCAACCAAUUUCAUAACCCUCACUCUCCAUCACCACCGCCUCCACCUCCGCCACAGUGGGGGCCACCUCCCGCUUAUCCUCCUUUCCCCACGCACCCUCACCAGCCGCCAUUCAACGCAGGCGCCAACGGUAACAGUCACUUUCCCGUGCCUGCCGGAGCAGCGCCUCCUCCGCCGUAUACUCCUCAGGCUAAUCAGGAAUGGGGAAAUCCGAAUUGGGGGCCUCAACAAGGUCACACCUCUCAAGCUAAUAGCAACGUCGAGGAUUGGGCAGUGAAAGCUAAAGAAUGGGCAGCUGCUAACGAGGAUCAACAGACGAAAUCUGCACCGAACCAACCUAGUGGACAAGUCUACCGGCAGUACCCUAAUCACGGCUAUCAAGAUGUUCAUCAUCAACAGGCGGCUCCAGGUUUAAGCUAUCAGCAGCAGUAUCCGGUUCCACAGCCGGAGAGAUAUCCAAAUUAUGCAGCAGGAAACGAGAGCUUUCAUGGAGGUUCUUCUGCUGGAUUGACACAUCAAGAAAAUCUGCCUACCGGUUCAGCAAUUCAUCAGCAGGAGGUACCUUAUAGUUAUUCUUCUGUAGCAGGUAAAGAAGAAUCUGGCGAUGCAACACACCAUGAGGUGCAGACAUCAGUGUCUGAUGGCGGGGGACUUGUUCGCGUGGAGCAGCAGAUGCAAUAUCCGUAUGUAGAUCAAACAGCUGUUCCACCUAGUAACCUUAGUGAUCAGCCUUUACAGUUUGAUACCAGAGAGAGUUCUGAUUAUGCUAGUCAUCAUAAUGCAUGGCCGCACGAAGCCGCAACUGGAGUAGUGUAUCCUCCAAUCCCUUCAUCAGUACCGUUAAUGCCACAGCAUGACCCAUCUAUGGCUAUGCCUCCUGUUUCGGGUCAUACCAUGCCUACGUUUGGAAGAUUUCCCCCUCCAAAUCUUCAGCCUGUUGGAGCCCCUUAUGCUUUUGGGACAAAGCCGCCUCUUCACCCUGUUGCAGCGUUCAUGGACGAGUCAUAUGCAGCAGCAUCUGUACCUCCUAAAAAGGCUCCUGUGCCUAACUGGCUUAAGGAAGAGUUAUUGAAGAACAAAGGGUCUCUUGGAAGGCCUUCUUCAGGGAGUUUUGAGGAGAGAGAAUCUAUGGACGAUGAUGUACUUUAUAAACCUCCCGUGAAACCUCACGACAAAAGGUUCAGCUCUUCUAAAUCCUCCGACGACGAAGAAGAAGAAGAAGAGGAACAGGACGACGAGGAUGAGACGGAUGCAGCUAAAACCAUAGCAAUUAACUUAGAGAUAAAGCGUAUUUUGACUGAAGUUCUUCUUAAGGUUACAGAUGAAUUAUUUGAUGAAAUUGCAACGAAAGUCAUUAAUGAAGAUGAAGCAAUACCUAAAGAUGACAGUGUCCAGCACAAUCCUAAGUCAUCAUCAUCCCUUCUCUCGCCAGCUGAUCCAGUGCGCAAGGCUUCAGCAAAGAUUUUGGUCUCGGUAGAUGGCGCAAAUAAAAAAGCUGGCUCUGGCUCUCCAGCAGAUCUUCUUGGUCUUGCUAAUUAUGCCUCUGACGAUGAUGAUGAUGCUGAUACUGAUGCUGCCUCGAACGCUGAUGCCAAUGGAGGUGAUGGAGUUCUUGGCACAGGGUCAAGAAACGAUGUUCAUCAGCAGCCAAGCACUGAGAAACUUCCUGAACCUAAAGAAAUGGUCAACGCGAAACUGGAUCCAGAAGUUGAAGUCGGUGAUAUGUCCCACAAUAACAACAAGCCAGGCUUGGAUCAGAUAAUGGCCUCUGGAAGAAAUGAUAAUGUGGGAGGUGGUAACAAACAUUUAAUUACAAGCGCCAGCUCUGGACUCGAUGUUGAUACUUCAGGAGGCAGAACAAACCAUCUUGGCAAAACUGAUAAUGAUAAAAAUGCUCUACUAGAUGAGCCUAACGGGAAGAACACUGGCUUAAAACCAGAUAGCAACCUUCGUCAGGAUAGCAAAAAAAGUUCUGGGAAAGGAUUGAGUGACGAUGUGCGUAUGGAUAGAAGUAGAACAGAUGAAAGGAAAACUGGAAAAGAGAAGGUAGAUCCUCAGAAUGGUUCAAAAGAUAGAAUGAAGCAGAACGACGUAAAGUCAGCAGAGAAAGUUAAAGGCUUUGAAUCAAAUAAAAAAUCUACUGAUCUCCAUGUAAAGAAGGACUCAAGGGACGCAGAGAGGUCUCACAGAACAGAUUCUAAGGAAGACCGGGGUAAAAAGAGGGAGAAGGAAAAGGAAGAAGAACGGUCAAGACACAGACAUGUUGAUGACUCAAGCAAGGACAAAAGAAGGCGUUCUCCGACCAGUAAUGGAUCCUCUGAUGAUUCAACAAGGAAGUCGCGCUCGAGAAGAAAGAACAGAUCACCAUCUCCUGUGAGGUCCAGAAGAAAACGCUCUUCUCCAUCCAGUGAUGAAUCCUCUGAUGAUUCAAGAAGUCUUCUUCAAGAAGAAGGAAGCGGUCACCAUCUCCCGGAAGGUCCAAAAGGAGACAUAUUUCUUCGCGGUCACCACAUAGCAAGAAUUCUCAACGCAAGCAUACUCUACAUUCUUCUCAUGACACAUCCAGGUCAAAGCGGUCAAGGUCCAGAUCACCCCGCCGGCGACAUCGGGCUUAAUGAACACUCUAGCAACAACUGGUCAGAGACCUUCUGAACAAUGCUGUGCAUAGAUUUGGUCGUUUGGGAUAUAAAUGCAUGUGGUUCAAUGGUACUGGACAUCGAUGUAAACCACUGGUUUGGCUUUGAGCGCAUUGUAAACCAGUUCUUGAAGAAGAAAUGAAAGGACCCCAAGAGUUCUGUAUUGACUUGUUUGGACUAUAUAUUGUUGUUUUAAUAAGCUUUCCUUAUGUAAUUGUGUCGGUUUAUACUGUGGAAUUAAAGGUUUUAGUCUCCGUAUUCUUACGGAAUAAAUUUGUUUUUUUAUAUUUAAAACUAAUUAAGAAAAUAAGAA